UGCACGAUGGUGGAUGAUCAACUUCCGGGGUCGACUCAAAAGUUGAAAGUCCAGUUUUGAAACAACAAGCUGCCUGAUCGAACCUGUCACGGGACUUGAGGGACGUACAAAAAUCGCGAGGGAUAACUUUCACGGUUUGCCACUCAAGAUGGAGAAUCUGGACCUUGAGGCACUGCUUGAAUGCUAUGGGAAGCUACCGGAAGUCAAUGACGAAUGUAUCAAGGAAUACCUGGAGAUCGUGAAGAAGCUCAAGAUGUUUGUGAAGGCUGCAGAAAAAACAGCAACGUCUCCAGAGACUGUUCCUGUCGUGAAAGCCAUCAUGGUGACAAUGGAAGGGAUCUUCCAGGAGUACAGAAGUCAAGACUAUGCAGCAACUAUGAAAAGCACUUUGGCUGACUUAAAGGGGAUCAAAGACCAACUAGCCCAGCAGGAUUCGCAAGAUUUGGAAACAGUCUGGGCAUGCAUUGAAGGGGUGUGCGAGAAAGUUAAGUCCACCUUUGGCUUGGAGACCACGAACAUCCGCAACGAAAGUAACGGAAACCCAAUGCAGGGGAUCGAGUGUGUCAGUGAGAAACUGAAGGGCAUGCACCAGACAUUCAUCACCAGGCAGAUCAACUGGCAGAUGGGCAUGAGUGCGUUUCUGGGUUUGAGCACAUUCAUUGAGUGCUGGACAACGUUUACUAUUUUAGACAAGUUCUCUAUCGAGAACAGUCUUACGACAAAAAGCUACAGGAAAUCACCGAAACGCUGUCAGAGGUGGAGCAGAGGGUCAUUUCUCUUAGCAAUGACAUCAGCAAGGGCCAAGCCGUGAACCCAAUCACCGUAGAAAGACUCCUUGCCAAACUACAGCGGGCGAGGGAGCAACUGGAUACGGCAAAAGAACUACUCCAGGCGAACAAGAACAACGUCAGUCUCAGACGUACGGCACAUGUCAUUGGAACCGUCGCCAGCCUUGUCGCCACAUACCGCUCCAUCUCUGAGUACUUCAUGGCUUGUUCUGCUGGACUGAAUCCUGCCUUGACAGUGGCAUCAGCGGCCAUAUGCGGUGUUUCGGCAAUUGCUCACGGCGCCAUGGCUUACCAGUGCCACAAGGCCAUCGCAGAGGCAGACGCACUCCUGAAAAAGAUGAAGGCACACGAAGAGAGGCUUGCCAGUGUUGCUCAGGCUACCGAAGAGUUUCUGAGCUUGCUUCAGGAGAAGAUAAACAGUGCUUAAGCCAGCAAGAGUCCAGCUACUGCCGAGCCUGUAGCUACGUGUCAGCAAGGUGGUAACCCGCUGGUGGUUCUGGGGUUGGUCAUCCUCGUAGUCGCGGUAGUGUGGCGGCUUUUCACCUGACUUUGGUUACUGUAAGGCUACAGCAAGUAAUUUUUAUGGAUGACAUCAGCGCGCACAUUAAUUUUCGCCUGAUUUUGAAAAA